CCUCAAGCAGGGGCCGCGCUUAAGUGCGCGUUCACGUGUGGUUUCCAGUGUGUGAGCGAGAUCGACAAUUCAUCAUCACAGUCCAUUCAAUUUCCGCCUAGACGCUGACCUAUUCAGAGCAACAGCAAUGGUAGGUGAAACGUCGUUUUUAUCCUUCUUUACGCACUCUUCAUAGUUAGAAUUGUGUGUUGAGUCUUAAUAAUAGGAAGUUUGUGGUUAUAUUGAGGUAAUUUUAGGAAUGUUUAUCAGUCUAGCAUCAAACGUAGAAAGCCGGUUGUGUGCCGCAGGAGCUGCUGGUAGCGCCCCGGCUAAACAGCUCGGUGGACAACAAACGAUGCCUUCAUAGAAACGGCAGAAAACGUUUGUAACGGUCAGCGAAAAUUACCGAGCUGUAGCUAUGAAAAUAUUACUCAAAUAGGGCAAAAAAAACAUCGAAGGCCCAAUACAACUGGCGCCAUUUCGUUCUUGUGUCCGUGUUUCGGUGACACACACACAAAAAAAGCUGAAAGCGGUUUGUCUGAUAUCCGCACAGCGUUGUCAUGGCGCCGCUCUCUCUCUCUCACAGCUCUCACUGCAUCAUGUUUCCGUCAUUCCUCCUCUUCACGACGGCGAAAAAACGGCGCAGCGCUGGCAGGUGCAGCAGCAGCGCUCCGGGCUAACCAGCUAACGGUAUUGUUGGCUGAUGUAGUCGCUUAGCAAAGACUGAAAAUGACAUCCCAUUAUGGCUGGCGCUAGCUGUGAUUUACUUGUUCUUUGUCUGUAAGCUGCUCCCUUGCUAACACUGUCUCAGACGCUGUUUGACUACGUGCUUAAAACUGGGUCACUUCUUUCCCAUAAUAAAAGUACACGGUGAAUGUGAAGGUUUAUAAUUCAUCUACUCGGUGAGACUAAAUGUGUGAAUUUCUGUCAAACGGCCCCUCUGAGCAGAGCUUUGCCUUAUAUAGCAAGCUAGCGGACACAUGUGCGUGUGCUGCAUUCAUGGCCCCACCCUGAAUUUGGUGCAAAGACUGAUACGUUUGCCACCCAAUUAAAACGGUUCUGCAAUUAGGAUGUAUUCACUGCUGAGUCCCCGUAUACAAAUAUCUCAAUGUGCGCAUUAGGGUUCUGUAAAUAUUUGACGAUUUUUUUUAACAUUAUGUAACCCUAUUUGUUAGAUCCGCUAGCUGAAGCUAACGGGCCUCUCUCUCUCUCUCUGUGUGUGUCUGUCUGUGGAGCUCCGUGAUCCUUACUGCGCAUCGUGUUAGCUGCGCAUCUAUUUCUUUCAUACACACAACACGCCCCUGACGCCAUUAAAUCCAUAAAUUACACUUAAAAUGGAAAAAUAAACAGAUUCACGAUAACUCUCUUCUUUUAUAUGGGAUAGUUAUUGAAUAUAAAACGCAUAUGUAUGCCACAUGUGGAAGAAAAGCGUCUCAUUUUGGUAUAUAAAUGUUUAUUUCUGUAAAAGUAAAGAUUUAUUUAAAUUUAUUUUUCUUUAACAAAAUAAAGUUGGUAUUUUAGUGUGGUGUUUUUUGCUGUUAUCACCCAGUCUACACCAUUUAAUGCUAAUUUCACAGUUUGUUUGCAAAUGAAACAUGUAGACUAACUUGUGACUGAGAUUUACCUGUGUGAUGUAAGUGUGAGGCUUGUACCAUUGACUUUUACUCUCUGUGUAAAGAAAUAAUGGUCUUGGAAUGUGAUUCUAUUCGAAAUGAGUCACUUGAACUUUGACUUCUGUAAAGAGAAGUCAAAGAUUAGAUAAGGUCAGAGCCCAGACGUCACUGUGCUGAUGCUGCCGGAACAACAGAAUCAUCAAAUUUAAUCCUGUAAAUCGUGACAAAUCAAGGUUUUAAGAGGGAAGGAGUUUAAAUAAACAUUGUUUCAUCGGCUUUGUUGGUGUGUAUUGUCGUAGUGUAAAGUUAUGUGAGAUUAUAUCAGUAUCUCGAUGGAAGAAAGCGGUGAGACAAAUAAGUCUAGCUGAGUGUGAAAAUUCGUGAACAUCAGCACAUAUCCUCGGACAAGACUUAAAUAUUCUUUCCGUUCGUCCUUGUUUUCUUGAUCAGUGGGAUAGAGGAAGUGAGUUACUUAAUAUUCUGGUUAAUUAUUACUCUAAAUUGACUGUUAUCUCACACAGCUCCUCACGCCCUGAGCAAACUUGCUGUUCCUGUCUGAUCUUCUUAUAGUUGGACCUUGUUUCUCUCUUUCCUGCCUUGUUACUUCCUCCUCAUUGUUGUCUCUUUUUUUCCAUUGGCACAUGACGGGGGGGGGGGAUAGCAGUUUUCUCCCAUCUUGUCCUGAGACUGCAAAUUUCAGUGAUGCUUUAAACAGAGUCAGAAGACCUGAUUGAGAGAGCUUAUGGAGCAGCUGUGACUCGGUGACGUGACUUGUAUUCUGUGUCUCUACAGAAGCGCCAUUGUCUGUCACUGAACCCUGCACUGAAAUGCUUAAUUUCUUACCACGCCCUCGACCACACGCUCAUCUUUAUGGCAGACAUGCUUGGCUGCCUCCUCUGCUUAUGAAAGUUUACGUAAUAUUUUUUUAUACCCACUAGCAGAGCUUGGAAUGACCCAUUGUGCAUAGCUGCAGUAAAUGGCACCUGUACACUAAGGUGUGGUUGGCUGAAAAAACUAAAGCUGUCUUGGUCUGAGGCAUAAAACUAAGUUAAAUCACAUCUGUAUAAUAUAUGAUAUGUAAACUUUUAUUGCUACAUGCCACCAACCAGAAACAUUUGCAUUGUAGUUUGUGAUUCAUUCGCUAAAGAACGGUGGAAACUUAGCUGUGGCCAAAAUCUUGAAUGCGUAAACUUUUCCAUUCAAAGUAAGACGCAGGGAUCAAUUAAAGUCUGACCAGAGCGAAACAUUAAACUGAUUAUAGCACCAUCAAAACACCACAUCUUCUGAUUUUUAUGGUAAGAAGUUCCUGAACAAGUUUCAUGAAGCUUGUAAGAAUCUGAAUGUUCACCUAAAGUAUUAUAGUUUACAGAUUGAAAGUCGACUUCGGAAAAGUGAUGUUGUACACAGUUUUUUUCACCUUUUGGGUUUCUUACUCCUGACUGAAAAACUACACUUGAAAGGAAAUCCUAACGAAAUAAUCAGCAAUAAUGUCAUUAGACAAGCUGUGCUGACUUUUCGAUAGUUAUCAGACUGUAUUACACAACUUAACCCUUUUUCAACAAACGCCGACACAUAGCUAACAGUUGUCAUGGCUGCACUUUUGUCUGUUUCCCGUUCUUAUAGACAUCCUUUGCAUUCUUGCUAUGAGUGUGUGUGUGUAUGUGUGUGGGUGUGCAGGCCAUGGUCACAUGCUGACCUCUCGGCCCUUUCCUCAGUUUCAUGAGGUCUGCGUGCGCUGUACUGGCGUCACUGCUUUAGACUUUUUGAACAUGAAAGCUGCUAUUUGAAAUCGUCACUGUGCAGCUAAACUAUUUUUUUACCAUCCUUUCAGUUCCACUUUUCAGUCUCAAGGUAUUAACGGGACGCCGUUUGUCUGAUCAGCAGAGAUCGGUAGUUUGAAAUGUAGAACUAAGAAUCUGCUCUGAUUUCAAUCGCUGCAUUUUGUCAAAAUGGUAGAUGAGAGAUUAACUGAUACAAACUCGAAAGCAUUUUUUAAUUAAAACAUAUAUGUCAAGGUGAUUAAAACUUGUUCGCCUUCAUUCUCACAUGUCGUUUAGAAAAAAGGGGCAGAGCAGAAAUAGCAGAUGUGAAGUUGACACCUGAAAACCAUGAAACUCUUGACUUAACGGAUUGUUUGUCUCCACAGGCCUCCGGUGUGAAAGUCACAGAUGACGUUAUCGCCGUCUUCAACAACAUGAAGGUGCGUAAGGCUCAAGCAAAUGAGGAUGAAAAGAGGAAGAGGAAGAAGGCUAUUCUGUUCUGCAUGAGCAAGGACCUCAAAAACAUUGUUCUGGAUGACGGCAAAGAGAUCCUCCUGGGUGACUUGGGAACCACCGUCCAGGAUCCGUACCAGCACUUUGUGAAGAUGCUGCCCCCAGAUGACUGCCGCUACGCCCUGUACGACGCAACCUAUGAGACCAAAGAAACAAAGAAGGAGGAUUUGGUCUUUAUUUUCUGGUGAGGAUAGACACGAUCUCAGACUUCAGGAGUUUGUAUCGACCAUUAAGAAGAGAUUUGGCUAAAACAUUUCUUCCCACUCUUCUAGGGCUCCAGACAGCGCUCCCCUGAAGAGCAAGAUGAUCUAUGCCAGCUCAAAAGAUGCUAUCAAGAAAAAGUUUGAAGGUAAUCACCAGUCAGGUUUUUGUUUAUUGAUUGAUUAAAGUUGGGAGAUUCUCAAAGCCACAGGUGUAAGAAAAAGUUGUGUAAAAUCAACCACAGUCAAACCACACAAAGCAAACAACCCGCAGAAACGAUAAACAUGAACAACAAAAUCAUAAAAACAUGGUGAAACUGAUUAUAUUUCACUUAAUGCUCAGCUGAAAGGACAUAUACUUACUUUUCUCAACACAAGUAGGAAUUCCAAGAAAGCUGUUUUAUUUCUCCUCAUAGUGAAUUCAUAGAAGAUUGUUUCACUUGUACAUUGCGCACAAAGUUUGAAUUAAUAUCGCUUCACCCUUCAUAUCCUAAAAUACAAUUUAGAUUAGAUUUCAUCGAUAGAUCAUUUACUCUGAAGUCAUUACAGGCUCGUAAAAACCUAUCAAAGGAUUUUAUUUGGACUGAAAGAUUUGAGAUUAUGCAAUCCUUUGAAAAGUUAGUUUGGUGCAGUUAAACAGUCGCCACAGUGCUCUCGCCUGUCUCACAAAGAGGCUUUAAUCCAUUUUUGGGAUUAGAUAGUAGCGAUCUUGCUGUCUUCUACCUGAGCUUCAACUAUCACAUCAAUAAUUUCAUUUAAACACUAAGUUAGUGAAAGUAUCUUGACUUUUGAUUAUAUGUAGCAGACAGAUCACAUGGGAUCCCAGUUGCCAGUAAUCAUUCCAGGCAGAUAAUCAGAACCAUUUUCUUGUGCACAGCUUCGUAUGAACACGUUUUGGUUAAUAUACACUCUUCUCAAAACCCUCUUAAGGAAAAGUUAGCAGUAUGAUCCGUUUACUACAAUUGUUUUCAGUGAAGUGAUCAAACAGCAUUUAUUUCUUUUCUUAAAAUCUGCUUCAACAUGCAUUUUUUUGUCUAAUUUCAGGUAUUAAGCACGAGUGGCAGGUGAAUGGUUUUGAGGACCUCAAAGACCGGCACACCCUGGCAGAAAAGCUGGGCGGCUCGUCAGUAAUCAGCCUGGAAGGAUCCCCUAUAUAAAUAUUGCCCCCGCACUCCCUCUCUGGCUUCGAUGGAGGCCUUUCAGACACAUCUGUUGGGUUUAGCUGUUCAUUCCAGUGUGGUUCGGAGAAGGGCAAAAGCAGAACCAGCACUAUUUUAGGGACCCUCGGGGUGGGAUAAUGUGGGUGGGUUUGGGGUGAAGUGACAGACAAAAAAAGAAAAAAAAAAGAAAUUCCACAAAUGCAGACUGUCAUUCCAGUUCAUGCAACUUAAAAAAAAUUUGAGCAAAACAAAUACUAUGAAAAAAUUAAAGAUACAACUGAGGAAGGAUGAUGAAGAUAAACUUAAAACAUUUAUUGUUCAUGUUUAAGGACAGGGUUUUGUUUUCUCUGGGUUCCAUUUGAAUGAUUGCAGAGAAAGGGACAGGCAUCAAAAUUUAGUCUCCCACCAGUAAAUUUGACACAAACAUUCGUUCCAACUACAUUUUUUUGCCAAACUUCUACAAACUUCGUUUUGUAAGUGUGUGUAGUUGAGACUAGGUGUAGUAUGGACUAAUUCCUUAUUGAUUGCACAAUGUGUAUCAAACCUGCUCGGGGGAACACGGUUAGAUAUAUAUAUUUUUUUCUUUUUUUUGUUUUUGUUAUUCCAUUGUUCUUUUCUUUUGAACAUGCAAAUUCCAAAACUUGAGUGAUUCCUUUUUAUUUCCAGUUCUGGUUCAGAAAAACCAUGGCAUUUGAUGUAGUAACAGACAACAUUCCUUGUACUUGUUAAAACCAGGAUCCUCUUGAUUUAAAUCUUUGGUGUUAUGAAGGUCUGAUGGGGAGCGAUGUGUAUAUGAAAGACCAGCGGUCAGAGUUUAGACUGAAUAUUGAAUGGUGGAUGUUUUGUAUCGUCUCCUUAUCUCUAAUAAAAAAAAGCACUAAACUACUGACUUGUUCUGCA